AUGAGUUGCCUACAUGGGAACAAUGUAGAACGAGGAGUUUCGCAUUUUUUUUUCCCCUUUCACGUUCUGCUGUACGGGUUCCGCAGUUUGUUUUCCCGUUUGGCGCUUCUCUUCGCCGUGCUGCAUGGAGUAACCCUCUGCAAGAGUAACCACGGGGUGGACCCGUCACGGGGCCCCCCUGGUGUGCCCCCCAUUUUCAGCGUCAUCAGUAGCGAUGUCAAAAUGGGCAACCAAGUGGACUACGUGAGGAGGGCGCACCACCAGGAGGGGGUGAAACUGUAUGAGCAGGUCAGGAACAAAUGCAAGGUGUACUUUCUGCCGCUCGUCUGGCCGUGCGGCGAGAAGGGGGGUUCACAAGGCAGACACAUAGAGGGAGCCAUUAACAGGACUGAUAACAAAACGGAUAACAAAACGGCCAACAAAAUAGCCAACAAAACAGAUAACAAAACCGAUGGAAACACCGAUGAGGGGCGUGCUGCCCACGCAGGACCGGGGGACGAUGAACCCCCCUUCGAAUACCUCCAGCGAAACCUACAACGCACGAAAUGCAAAAUGGAAAGCUUCGCGUCACACAUAGCACAGUCGGACGUUGUUGUAGUCCCCAUGAACUACCACGACAUUUUAAAUAAGCAUCUCCUGGACAUUGCCCAGUUUAGCAACUUCCUGAAUGCGAUUGACUUCCUCCUUUAUGUGAACAAAACGAAGGAUAACCACAACGUUAUUUUUUACAUAUACAAUUUUCAUGAGGAUGACGAUGCGUCUACAGGUAGAUCACACCAUGACAACUACGUGGAGAAGGAAAAGGCAUCCAUCGUGAAUAUAGUAAAGUCGUUUCUUCGAAGUCACCUGAAGGACCGGUACGACACGUGUAUAAAGGAGAGAUUCAUUUUUGCAAAAGAGAACAGCAUCGAUGUGGAUAAAUGGCGUGACCAAAUUGGGAAGAAGAAGGUCUACCACCGAGUGAAGGUCCCCAUGGGGGGGAACCCUCCAAUCAGGGAUAACAGAAGCUACUCCAUCUUUGAGAACUACCGUCCCGAUGCGCUGAAGAAUCUGACUAGCCAAAAUUAUUUCAUCUAUAAUUUUUUUUCCAAUUUGAAAAUUUCAAUCCUGCAUGAAUAUUUAAAAUUGGCUAGCCAACUCAAAAUGGACAAUUUUGAUCCACUACCAGAUGCGGGAAAAAUGAAAAUAAAAAUGAGCCAAGUGGCCAAACAAAUAGAUAUGCUGCUUAACAAAUUUUUACUCUUCCAGUUAAACAAAAAAGUCGUUAAGGAUGAGGAAAUGAUUGAACAGAUUAGAAGGAAGCAGCACUCUUACCUCGUCCAUAUCAUCACAACAGACUUGCUAGAAAAAUAUGAACACCUUUUGGAAAACCUCAUUCGACAGUUAUACCAAUUGUAUAGACAAAGAAUAAAAAAAAUAAAAAUAAAUUCAAAUAUGAUUAGUGAGUUUUCAAAAGAAAUAAAAAAGGUUGAUCAUCUGUUCCACCUGUACAAUUCGUCUAUGUCCUUUGUUCACUACUUCAACAACAAAGGGGAUUACUUCCGUGAAAGAGCUAACUCCAUUGCCCUUCACAUGGAAGCAAAACUGCUACAAACAAUGAAUGAAACAACAACAGAAAUAGUAAACUACUACAUAUCACAGGGGGUAUACGUUCGGAACUACGACUUCACUUCUUCUUUUCUUUCCCUGAGGAAGUACUCCUUCCUUUCCUACAUGCUCCAAACAGUAGCCGACAUGCUCAGGAACAGAAUAAGCCUCACCUUUAACUACCUCUCCCCGAGUGCCUUCGGCUUCUCCUCCUACAAGGACGACCUCUCCUUAUCCCCCAAGAGGGACCUCAUGAUCACCACCAGCGAAAUGGACCAGGUGGAAAAAAUAAACAUCCCCACGAGUACCUACUCGAAGAUUCUCCUCUCAAUGGAGACGAAUAAGAGGUAA